CAAGUAGCUCCUCUGAUAACUCCGGAGUAAAAAAUUUCAGUGUAACAAUGGUGGUGGAGGCUCCAUCAUUGGUGUGCUUAUGCCUGAACACGAUCGCCGAUGAACUUAUAACUGGGGAUGUUGAUGAUGAGUUCACUCGAGCUUUAUAUGAGCUUCCAUCUGAGCUUAUGGAUUCCUUGCUGCCACGCCUUACUCCUUUAGCUUUAGAACUUCUUCAGCGAUGCAGGCCUUUAUACAGUACGCUGGGUGACAACUCAAGCAGUCAGAGAAAGCGGAAAAGAUGGUCGAACUUUGAGAUGGCGUGGAAGACAUUAUAUGAGGCACGCUGGCCUAGCCAUAGUACUGAGAGUCAACCUUCUAAUUGGCUGGAUGGAAAUGGUGAAGUGAAGGAAAAAUUCAUUGACGAUUGGGCACAAUUGUACUGGGAGUCACAUUUACAAAGUUGUGUGGAUGCAGCAGCAGAGAAAGCUUCUCUCCCUUGGUUUAGUGAUCCUAUUGGAUCAACAGCUACUCCAGAUGCCCUACUGGAAUACAUUGGGAAUAAUAGGAACCUUUGUAACUCAGUAAUUAAAUACUCAAGGUUUUCUGAUCACUGCCAACACUUUGGAUCAUAUACCAGAUGCUUGAGACUUUCUGCUUGUCUUUGCGUCCCAGAAAUUUGUGAUCUCUUAAGGAAUGCUAAGUUGGAAAAAUUAGAGAUUCAGUGGAUAAAGUCUGAACAGCAUGUUGAUGGAUUAUGCGCACUUUUGAAGCAAAACUGUGAAACAUUAAAAUCAAUCGAGUUUAUUCAUUGCAAGCUUUCGGAAGAAUAUAUAAAUCAUAUUUGUGAUUCAAUGUGGAUUAAAGAUUUUAAGGUACAUGGAGUGCAGCAUUUCUCUAUUAAGCUAUCAAGCUUUGGUGAAACCGGUUGUUUUCCCUUACCUGCUGGUCUGUCAUCCUUUUUAGUCUCGGGGAGGUCAUUAGUCUCUUUAGGUUUAUGUGAUGACCGCCUCCAGAGAGAAUUUGUCAAAAUGGUUAUAGAUACACUCCUCGAUGCUUCAUCCAGUAUAGGUGUUUUGGACCUUUCAGAGAACUAUAUUUCUGGUUGUUUAUCCCAUUUUAAACCACCUGCGAACAGCCAACAGUUGUCUUCCAGAAUCGGCAAGUCGUUGCAAUCUCUACGAGUGCUGAACCUUAGGAACAAUAACCUGGACGGAGAUGAUGCGGAGAGUCUCAGACAUCUGCUUGUUCACAUGCCCAAGUUGGAGACUCUUGAUUUAAGUCAUAAUCCUAUUGAGGAUGGAAUCAUGAGUAUCAUUCCCUAUCUUGCUGAGGUGUCAGAGAGACCAUAUUUGCGCAAUCUGAAAUUGGAAAAUUGUGAGCUUACUUUUGAUGGGGUAAAUCAACUUUUACAGACACUGUCAACUUGGAGAAAGCCACUGAGUUCCCUAUCUAUACGAGAAAAUCACCUGGGAAGGAAAAUGGGCGCAUUGCUGGGGAAAUUUCUCAGCAAAGGUAUUCAGUACCUUGACAUUGAGGACAUUGGACUUGACCCCCAUGGCUUUCAGGAAGCAGAAGAAGAGAUAACGGGGAAGCUAAAGCUUGUCUAUAUCAAUAUAAGUAAAAAUCGUGGUGGGCGUGAAACAGCAAUAUUCCUUGCAAAGCUCAUUUCUUGUGCUCCUGAACUUGUAGCCAUUGAUGCAAAAUAUAACUUCAUGACUCCGGAUUCUGUAUCACUCCUUUGCUCCACUUUAAAAACUAUGGAAGGUACACAGUAGAGUUUCAAAGAUACUUUUUAAAAUGAAAGAACUGUCAUAUCAUAUGCCCCCAUACCCUUGCUAGCUUCCUCUCUUCUAAAUCAUUUCUUUUACCGGAAUCUAGGUCACUUUGAUUGACAUGUAGAGAAGAACUGAUUACAUCUAUAAUAAGUGUAGUAGGAGGGUGAAAAUGACCAAAGAAUGUAUUCUCUAUUUCCUUUGUUGUAUACCGAGAAAAUGUGCCUGUGAUGGAUCUUUGAAUCUUAAAAAGCCUUAACAAAUGUCAAAUUUCAAAGGAAAAAAAAAAGAUUUUGUUGAAAAAAAAAGAUUCUCUAUUUACUGUCAAUUCCUGUAUCUGGUUUCUGUAUCACAAAAUUUGCAACUUCCCUUCCACUUCUAAUUUGGAUCUGCCCCACUGAUUUUAUGUCUACUUUGCAGGAAAACUUGAACAGUUGGAUUUGACAAAAAGUGCCCCCGUCGGGAGUCCUGCUGACAUUUCCGCGCUGUCUGAACUGCAGAAUAAUGGGAAAUGUAUAGUCAAAAUGGAUUAUCCUUAUGCUCCUCCGGUACCUUAUGACGACGAUCCUUGAAUCUUGAUUCUAUCAUCAGUGAAAGCAAAGUGGCAUAUCCUUCCGGGCACAAGUGUUAGUGACCAUGACGAUUCUUCGCUCAGUGAGCAAAAUUGCUGCUUCAAUGAAUCAUUGAAAUUAGAGGACCAUAUUUCUGAAUAUAUGGAUGUUGUGUUGUCAUUUACAUUUGGUCCCUUUUCCGGCACUGCUCCCUCCGUCCCCUAAUUAUUGACCAGUUUGAGUUUUUAUUUUUAAUUCAAAUUGUACUAAAAGUGAAAUCUCAAACUGGACAAUAAUUUUGAGACAGAAGGAGUAUUUAAUUUACCCUUUUAUGCUAAAAAAAAAAAGAAAAAAAAGAAUUUAUAAGAUUUUAUGCUGAAGAAAGUUGUAAUACAUCAUAGUUCAGAAUUUAGUCCAAGAGAAUUGUAAUCUAUGAAUUUCUUCAUUGUUCAAAUUAAUUCAAAAUCAAGACAAUGGUUUUAGCAAAUUUUUGAUUUUGGCCCUGUAUUAAUUUUCCUUUUUUGCUGUAUUUUUUUCAUUAACAAUCGUUGGUGAAUGAUUUUCAGUAAAUUUAAUAUAAUACACUUAUUAUUAUUUUUUUUUAAAAAAA